UUUGGCAGCCCUAAGAAGGUGUCCGCUGCUGUGUUUUGCAUCUCUAUUCCUGCGUUUCUUAUCGUGGAGGCUUAUGGUGAAAGUAGUGUUUCUCGUCGUCUUGUGAACCUCCCCUACAUUGCUCUUCAGAUUGGUCUUCUAGCUCCUCCUUUUGCACUAGCCAUUUAUCACUCAUUCACCAUACCCGUCUCUCCUCGCAACGGUCGUAAGGAUUUCAUUCCAUUCUACGCCAAAAUUGCCGAUCAUGGUACAGUGUACUUCCUGGUAGCCAAUUUAAUUACCGGUGGAUUGAAUUUCUCAUUCGACAGUUUGGUUCGUAGACUCAAAAAAGUCGGAGUUGCAGUGUUCUCCACUCUAAUGAUUUUAAUUUUUGUGGCCUGUGGCGAAGACACUAUUUCCCGUCGUCUUGUUAACCCUCCCUACAUUGCUCUUCAGGUAGGUCUUUUAGCACCUCCUUUUGCUCAUUCACUACCCCUGUCCCAAAACGCCUAUCUGGAGGCAAACUCAUUAUUACAUUCUAAACUAACUACUGACUCGGUUUAA